CUACUACCAAUCAACUCGCUGUCACUCACGAAAACAAACUUCUGCCAAUUGAAGCGGCUUUUUGCUUCAAGCAAAUGCCAAGCAGUUUUAUUGCUUAUUAAUCAAUUCCUAGUUUAAAAAAUGUUUUAUCACAUUUCACUAGAGCACGAGAUACUGUUGCACCCGCGAUACUUCGGGCCACAGCUUAUCGAAACCGUCAAGCAGAAGUUAUACACCGAAGUGGAGGGAACCUGCACCGGCAAGUAUGGGUUCGUGAUAGCCGUCACUACGAUCGAUGACAUUGGUUCCGGUGUGAUUCUGCCCGGACAAGGGUUUGUGGUGUAUCCGGUCAAGUACAAGGCAAUUGUGUUCCGACCGUUCAAGGGGGAAGUGCUGGAUGCCGUUGUGACACAGGUUAACAAGGUGGGCAUGUUUGCCGAAAUUGGACCACUCUCCUGCUUCAUUUCGCACCACUCGAUCCCGGCGGAUAUGCAGUUCUGUCCGAAUGGUAACCCACCUUGCUAUAAAUCCAAGGACGAGGACGUGGUGAUAGCGCUGGAGGACAAAAUCAGACUGAAGAUCGUCGGAACAAGAGUGGACGCAACGGGCAUUUUCGCCAUCGGAACCCUCAUGGAUGAUUACUUGGGACUGGCCGGUAGUUAGGUUACUCGAGUGGACAUUUAAUUAUUGGAACAAGAUUUAGUUUUAAAGGGUGAUUCUUCGAUAGGAAAUAGAUUAUCAUUUGUAAUAAAAAUAUAGG